AUGUGCUGCAUAAAGUGGAUACUGAUUAGCGGUCCUUGGCGUCUGACUGUGUGGGCGGACGAAUUCACUACAGUUUUUGUGGAGCCUUUCCACCCGAAACUAGCAGAAAUCACAAUUCGAUGUAUCCUUCCUUUCUUCCCCAAACCUCGUCCUACAUGCGAGUUUUGUACCUACUUCUUUUUAAUGUGGCCCCUUGAGUAUUACCGCAAAUUUACAGGUCGUGACAGAUUGGCAGCAGUAAAACUCUUCAAAAACGCUCUCUGCUUCAUCUGCGAGGUGACCGACAUGUUCGACCCUGCGGACGCGGAGACACUCUUCAACGUGCCCGAGUGGAAACAUUAUAUGCUCAAGGGCACUUGGCCUUGGGAAGAGAACGAGGAGGAGUCUGACGACGACGAGGAUUAUGAGUGA